GAUUAACAUAAGAAUACUGUAAACAAUGGUUUUUAAUAAUGAUAUCAUGCUUUAAAGUAGUAAAUUAAGGUAAAUUAUUUAUAUUUUGAGGUCCUCUAGAAGGGGAAAAUUUGAAAUUAAUUGAUGUUUAAAAAAAACAACAAGGAUGAGGAUGUGCAGAAUUGGCUAUUUGUUAAUUAAAGACAUGCAAUAUCAUUAUCCAAAAAAAUCACAAAUAAACCAAUGAAAUUAACGAAAUUUUAAUAAUUCGAAUUUAAAGCAUAAAAAAAAAAUUUUAAUAAUAAAAAUAAGAAAACAUAAUAAAAAUGGCAAAAGCAACAUCAAAAGGAGCAAAGAAAGCUGGAACACCAAGUCAAAUAUUUAAUUUAUAGUAGAAGCUACAAAGCAAGUUAAGAAAGUCAAUAAAAAGACCACUGAUGCAACUCCAGCACCAGCCCCAGUGACAGCAACACCACCUGCACCAACCACCACAGCACCAGUUGUUGCAACUACACCUAAAAAAUAAGGAAAGCAAACAGCAAAACCAAAGAAAGCUACUAAAAAAGUCCAAAAGAAGACUCAAAGCAAGAAACAAACCAAGAAAUGAUUAGUUAUUCAAGAAUUAAUCUAUUAAUUUA